AUGAGUAAACAAUACUUGGUGAUAGAUAAUGGCGCUUAUAAUAUUAAGGCUGGAUUUAGUUGUGAAAAUGUGUCAAAACCUUUAAAAGUUUCAAAUGCAAUAACGCGAACCAAAGAUGGAGUUAUUCAUAUUGGAAACCAAUUCAGGACCCAUUCAAAAGACUAUACGGGUAUACAAAUAAAGCGACCAUUCGAACAAGGUAAUCUCACAUCUUGGGAAACUGAGAAACCGAUUUGGGAUUACACUUUGGACCAAUUGCUGAAAACGGAACUUGAUCCAUCAAAUGUACAUCUAACCUUGACUGAGACACCAUUCCAAUUGCCACAAUUGUCCUCGAACACAGAUCAAAUCGUAUUUGAGGAGUAUGAGUUUGGUGAAUACUAUCGUUGUAUCCCAGCAUCGCUUGUACCGUUUGGCGUUGACGAAUCAAUUAUCAGUUCAGAUUUCACUCUUGUCAUUGACUCGGGUUUUAAUGCAACGUGGAUAGUUCCAGUCAUCUAUAAAAAGGUACACUGGGAGGGAGUACGAAAGUUUCCAAUUGGAGGUAAUCUACUCAAUGGAUUGUUACGUGAAGUGAUUUCAUUCAGACAUUAUGACAUGUCAGAUGAUCUGAUAUUGAUAAAUACCAUAAAGGAAUCCACCUGUUUUCUUGCUAAAGACUUCAACAACGUGUUGAGAAAUAAGUCUCGGUACGAGUGUGAGUUUGUAUUACCUGAUUUCAAAACAACAACCACCGGUUUCGUAAAGACUAAAGAGACCAAAGUUCCCGCUGAUACACAAUUGUUGACGUUGUACGAUGAGAGAUUUACCAUUCCCGAAUCCUUUUAUCACCCUGAAAUUGUGUUUGACACCAACGUAGCCACUGCAUCGAACUCUAUGAUACAAUCGACUCCGAUUAAAAACUUGACUGAUUUAGUAGUGGCUAGCAUUAUGUCGUGCCCAGAAAUUACGAGACCGCUACUUCUGGCAAACGUAUGCCUUUCAGGGGGAACAACUAACCUACCCAAUUUUAAGACACGGUUAGAAACAGAGUUGAGGAAGGAACUACCUCAAAAGUGGCAUGUGCGUGUGCAUGAUGAUUAUCAAAGAGUUUCAAGAGACGAAAUACCGUGGUUUGGUGGCAUCAAUUUAACAAAGGAUGAUGUUCUCGAUAAGAUUAGCGUAUCCAAAAAAGAGUAUUUCGAGCAUGGAAGUAAUUGGUGUCAAAAGCAGUUUGGGUUCAAAAAUGUAUAG